AUGCGCUUUGCUGUCUCGUGCGUGGCGGGUGCAGUGGGAGCGUGGGUGUGGCGGCGGUCUUCGGGCCAGGAUGCAGAGUGCUAUCGCGGCAUUCAUAACGCGCUCACAUUCCACAAUCCAAAACGCAAAGAUCGGGUCUUCAGUCAGCGCUAUGAACCGUACCAGCUUGGCGAGAUCAUCCCUAUCACCGCUGACGUAGCCCUCUUCCGCUUUCUCUUACAUAAUAGCGAGGAUGAGUUUAACUUGAGGCCCUGCUCGACACUGCAGGCGUGCUACAAGUACGGCGUGCAGCCGAAGGACCAGUGCCAACGCUUCUACACGCCUGUGACGGCAAACCACACACCGGGCUACUUCGACCUAAUUGUAAAACGCAAGAAGGAUGGUCUCAUGACAAAUCACCUGUUUGGCAUGCAUGUUGGUGACACGCUGCUCUUUCGUAGUGUCGCCUUCAAAAUCCAAUACCGUCCGAACCGAUGGAAACACGUGGGCAUGAUCGGCGGUGGCACCGGCUUCACUCCAUUUCUGCAGAUCAUUCGACACGCCUUGACAGAGCCAGUGAAUGGCGAGGAGGUGGACAGGACGAAGCUGUCCUUCCUGUUCUGCAACCGCACCGAGCGGCACAUCCUCCUCGGUGGCGUCUUCGAUGAUCUUGCGAGGCGCUACCCGGAUCGCUUCCGCAUGUUCUACACGAUCGACCUCGCCGUUGACAAGGACAAGUGGGUAGAGCAGGAAAACCACUUCUUGGGAUACGUGACGACUGACAUGAUCCGCCGCAGCAUGCCGGGGCCGGAGGAGAAGAGCAAGAUUAUCAUGCUAUGUGGGCCAGACCCGCUGCUGUCGCACGUGGCCGGCACUCCGAUGUCAACGAUGUCCUCCAUGUCGGGUAGCCUGAACAUCCAGCCCAUGGCAACCGACAUCAACAAUCUUGUCAGUCUCGGCGGCCUUCUCAAGGAACUCGGCUACGAUAACACAGACGUGUAUCGCUUCUAA